AUGGCGUCGGACGACUCCAAAAAGCCCGUCUGGGAAGUCUCAGGCUCCGGGCAGGACUCGAGCUCGACGGGCGAAGGACAAGCGACAACAACACAGCGAGCAGACGAUGUCGUCGUCCUCCGCGAUGAUCCCGCCGCAAAAGCCGCCUUUCUGGCCACCUUCACUCCCGAGGAGGAGAAGAGGAUCAUGCGCAAGGUUGACCGCCGGUUCUUGCUCCUGAUCGGGCUGAUGUAUAUGGUGAAGACGGUCGACUUCAACAACGCGUCUAGCGUCAAGGUCCUCCAGGUCGGCCAGCCUAGCAACAUCCUCAACGAGCUGCACAUGACGUCGGACCAGUACAAUUGGGUGCAGUCGAUCUACUACAUCAGCUACAUCCUCUUCGAAGCCCCCAGCAACCUCGUCCUCAAGCGCUUCACCCCCCGGCUGUGGCAGACCCGCAUCGUCUUCACCUGGGCCGUGGUUCUGGCGUGCCAUGCGGCCAUCAAAAACCGCCAGUCGUUUUAUGCCCUGCGCUUCCUGCUCGGCAUGUUCGAGGCCGGCAUGUUCCCCGGCAUCAUGGCCCAGCUGGCCUCGUGGUACCGGUCCGAUGAGAUGGCCAAGCCGGUGGCCUGGCUGUUUGGCAUCCAGCAGGUGGCCAGCAUUGUCAGCGCGCUGCUUUGCUACGUGAUUAGCUACAUGAACGGCAUCGGGGGGAUGAGUGCGUGGCGAUGGGUCUACCUCCUCGAAGGCCUCGCGACCAUCGCCUUCGCCGGCGUCGUCUUCUUCGUCCUGCCCGACUACCCCAAGUCGCCGCGCAGCAGCAAGUGGCUGACGCCGCGCGAGCAGGACUUCAUCGAGACGCGGCUGAGCGAGAACGCGCCGCUGACGCACGAGCCGGCCUUCCGCAAGGAAGAGGUGAUCGCCUCGCUCAAGGAGCCGUCCAUCUGGGCGUUUAUGCUGUCGCAGAUGCUCGUCAACCUCGGCGGCUACGCCCUGCAGUGGUACCUGCCGACCAUCACGACCAGUCUGGGCUUCACCACGCUGCCCAAAAACCAGCUGCUCAAUAUCCCUCCGGCGGCGGCGGGCGUCGCAGGUGUGGUUUUCUCGCAGUAUUUUAUCUCGUGGGCUAUCAUCACGCGGCCGGCUUAUAUCAUGAUCAUCAUGGCCGGCAUGGUCGUCUGCUUCGUGCUCUUCUUUACCAUCUCGUCGCCCGGAGGCAUCUACGCCGCCUGCGUCCUGGGCACGCUCUUCUACCAGACGUACUUCGUCCCGUUCUGGUCGUGGCGCUCCGCCACGCUGAAGGGCACCACGGGCACCGCCUUCACGCUGGGCCUGCAGAACUGCGUCGGCCAGGUCGGCGGCGUCAUCGGUCCGCAGCUGUUCGUGUCCAAGUGGGCGUACAACCGGUACAAGAACAGCUUCGCCAUCGCGGGCUCGGCCAUCAUCGCCGCCUUCUUCACCAAUCUGUGGACGUGGUGGCUGACGCGGAAUACUGAGUACGACGUGAUGCGCGUGGCGCGUCUGCGGCGUAAGGCCCGCAGGGAGGGACGCAUCUACGCUGAAGAUGAUGUGCGUGUUUUCAAGGAGAGGCAGUUUUAUUCCGGCGUGCUGAAGAGGAAGGAGGUGGACGAGGUGGCGGUGUAG